AUGUCUCGUGCUUCACUUGGCAAACGGACGAGGUCUGUCCAGGAUCAGGCUUGUCCAGGCGAGACCCAGCUCCCCGCUAAGCGUACCAGACGACAAACUCGAGCUGCACUGCACAAUGAUGAGAACGCAGAUCCCGAGGGGGCAGCCACUCCUGAGCUCGACUGCCAGAGUGACGACGAGGCCUACGUCGAACCGGCCGCGAAGAGCAUCAAGCGUUCUCGCUCCCAGACUUUCUCAAAGACGAUCCCAAUCACGCCCCAAACCCCACGACACCGAGACGCCUUCGCCAACUCUCCCUCCACGCCCCGACAGGUGGUCAAGUCUGCUGGAAGGCUCUUCCAGAGGUUGACACCUCAGUCUCCUCUUACGCCUGGCUCUCUUCAAACCAUUUACCACUCUGCUCGACAACUCUUUGCCCGGAGUGCCGACCCAGGCCAACUUGUGGGACGCGAAAGGGAACGAGAGCAAGUAGCCCAAUUCGUCCAGCGGUGCUAUUCUUCGACCCCGAGCGGAUGCCUCUAUGUCAGCGGCCCCCCUGGAACGGGAAAGAGUGCGAUGAUCAAGGAGAUUACCGGAGAGUUGGCACAGUCUACAAAUGUACGACAAGCAUACGUCAACUGUAUGAGCGUCAAGUCCUCCAAGGACCUUUACAACACCUUACUGGAGCUCAUGGGGUACGACAGCGACCUCUCGGAAACUCUGGCCAUGAAAGAGCUGCAGAAGGCUUUUGCGACGACGAAGAAGGGCUCACCUGUCUACCUGCUUGUCCUUGAUGAGAUCGACCACAUCUUAACCAUGGGAUUGGAGAGCUUGUACCGGCUGUUCGAGUGGUCUUUGCAGCAGCCAUCGCGACUUGUCUUAGUUGGCAUUGCCAACGCACUCGAUCUCACAGACCGUUUUCUGCCACGACUUAAAUCCAAGAACCUCAGGCCAGAGCUUCUUCCAUUUCACCCGUACUCGGCUGCUCAGAUCAAAAGCAUCAUCACCACGCGCUUGAUGACGUUGUUGCCGACCGACAGCAAGGAGAAAUCACUCCCCUUUUUCCAUCCCGCAGCCAUUGAACUCUGCUCCCGGAAGGUGUCGAGUCAGACAGGAGACUUGCGAAAAGCCUUCGAGAUCUGCCGACGCGCGCUGGACGUUGUUGAGUCAGAGACCAGGCGCCAACACGAAAAUGAGGCAAGGGAGAAGGUUCUGCAGAUGACACCGUCCCGCAAACCUCUUGGCGAGAAUGUCAACAUGGCUGGCUCCAGCUGGUCCUCUAGGAGCGUCUCUCACGUCGCAGCGACGUCUCUCAAGGCUUUAACAGUCGAGAGCGCCCCGCGAGUGCUCCUCAAACACCUGAAUCACGUCACUCAAGCAGCGUUCAGCAACGGAACCAACCAGCGACUGAAAGCCCUCAACCUCCAGCAAAAGGCGGCACUCUGCUCGUUGGUUGCCCUCGAGAAGCGCAACCGAGCGGCAAAGAUGGCCAGUGGUUUGACCACACCCACCAAAUCGCAGACGCUGGCACCUACAGUCAAAACUCUGUACGAUACGUAUUCUGUUCUUUGCACGCGGGACUCGGUUUUGCACCCGCUGUCAAGCUCAGAGUUUCGAGAGGUCAUCGGAAGUUUGGAGACAUUGGGCCUAAUCAGUCCCGUCGAUGGGAAGACAGGUGGCCUUGUGGCGAUACAAACGCCAAGCAAGAGAGGACGAAAGUCGGCGCUGCCCACAGGAGAAGACAAGCGAGUGGCCAGUUGUGUCGGUGAAAAGGAAAUGGAGAACAUUGCCGAGGGCCUAGGUGCAGGUAUCUUGUCCAGCAUCCUCAGCGGCGAUGCAUUGGAUUGA